AAAAAAUCCAAAACACUGCCACCCACCGUGCCCCCGCGUCCAUCCCGUCCUGGCCUGCGCGCUUGCCGAACGCGGGAGCCCACGGCGAGCGUCUGUGGCUGUAUCAGGGCUGCAGAUCUGGCUUGCCUCUGAUCAGACUUACUCUGAUCUGAAGAUUUCGGAGUUCAAGGCAUUAAGAAAAUAGCCUGAAUUGUUCAUGGAGUUUUUCAUCAGUAUGUCUGAAACCAUAAAGUAUAAUGACGACGAUCAUAAAACACUGUUUCUGAAAACGCUGAAUGAACAGCGCCUGGAAGGAGAAUUUUGUGAUAUCGCCAUCGUGGUUGAAGAUGUAAAGUUCAGAGCCCAUCGGUGUGUUCUCGCUGCCUGCAGCACCUACUUUAAGAAGCUUUUCAAGAAGCUGGAGGUGGAUAGUUCCUCGGUCAUAGAGAUAGAUUUCCUCCGCUCUGACAUAUUUGAAGAGGUCCUGAACUACAUGUACACCGCCAAGAUUUCCGUGAAAAAGGAGGAUGUUAACUUGAUGAUGUCGUCGGGUCAGAUACUGGGUAUCCGGUUUUUGGAUAAACUCUGUUCUCAGAAGCGGGACGUGUCUAGUCCUGAUGAGAGUAAUGGCCAGUCCAAGAGUAAGUACUGCCUCAAAUUAAACCGCCCCAUCGGAGAUGCCGCCGACGCCCAGGAUGAUGACGUGGAAGAAAUCGGGGAUCAGGAUGACAGCCCUUCCGACGACACUGUAGAAGGCACGCCCCCCAGUCAGGAGGACGGCAAGUCUCCCACAACUACUCUCAGGGUUCAGGAAGCGAUUUUGAAAGAGUUGGGGAGCGAGGAAGUUCGCAAAGUGAACUGCUACGGCCAGGAAGUAGAAUCCAUGGAGACUCCCGAGUCCAAAGAUUUGGGGUCUCAGACCCCUCAAGCCUUAACAUUUAAUGACGGGAUGGGUGAAGUGAAAGACGAACAGACCCCGGGCUGGACCACGGCCGCCAGUGACAUGAAGUUUGAGUAUUUGCUUUACGGUCACCAUCGGGAGCAGAUUGCCUGCCAAGCGUGUGGUAAGACGUUUUCUGACGAAGGCAGAUUGAGGAAGCAUGAGAAGCUCCACACCGCAGACAGGCCGUUUGUUUGUGAAAUGUGUACGAAAGGUUUCACCACCCAGGCCCACCUGAAAGAACACCUGAAAAUUCACACCGGGUAUAAGCCCUACAGCUGUGAGGUGUGUGGGAAGUCCUUCAUCCGAGCCCCGGACCUAAAGAAGCAUGAGCGGGUUCACAGCAACGAGAGGCCCUUCGCGUGUCACAUGUGUGACAAGGCCUUCAAACACAAGUCUCACCUCAAGGACCACGAGAGGAGACACAGAGGGGAGAAGCCUUUUGUGUGUGGCUCCUGCACCAAGGCGUUUGCCAAGGCCUCGGAUCUGAAGAGACAUGAGAACAAUAUGCACAGUGAGAGGAAACAGGUCACCCCCAGUGCCAUCCAGAGCGAGACAGAACAGUUGCAGGCGGCAGCAAUGGCUGCCGAGGCCGAGCAGCAGCUGGAGACAAUCGCCUGUAGCUAGAGGGGAUGAUGGGUCAGAAACACUUGGCCUGGGAGGUUGACGCCAAGGUGGCAUGGAUCGUGGUCACCGAACACCUUUGACUGCUUUUGUGGCAACUUAAAAGUGUUGUGCUGGCUGGACCCAAGGCAGUGCUCACUCCAGUUAGGUGAUUUUCAAAUUUCUCAAGGCAGUUAACGUUCCUACGUCCUGACCAAACAGUUUUUUGUUUUGUUUUUUUUUUUUUUGUGGUGUCUAGUAUUCAUGUUCCCAGUAAGCUCCCCUGCCCUUCUUUGUGGUUUUAAUUUGAAAACCCCUUUGUCCAGUUCAAUGUGAGCGGCUUCUGUUCCGUUCUUAAUUUCUCUACACUUGGCCAGGCUGGUGAGUGCACUGCAGAGUAAUUGGAUAAAUUGGUUUCCUAAUCGUCCCAAUGUAUGUGACUUACGGUCCAAACAGCAGUUUUAAUAACUGGAUACAAGAACUUCAUGUUGAUGCAGAAAACGUUGGCACAUGCUGACCCAGAACACUGUAUAAGUACAAAACCAAGUUUGGAAACACGGAAUGGUGUUAGUUUUAUAUUUGGUUUGUUGAUUUUUUUUUUAAAUAUCUAUAUAUCAUUGUUUUUACUGUUUCUGUGGACAAUAAUGGUUGCUUUGCUGAAGUGUUUCUUCAUCCAUUGCGAUGGUCCCUGUACCCACCCCAAAUGCUGCAGGCCAUGUGUGCCUCAGGGUGGGUGAGACCACCAGGGUGCUGGUAGUGCUGAGACUGAGUUCCUCUUUUGUCCAGUGUGGCCACUCUACCUGUGGGUGUCUGUGGAGUGAACCCGUAGUGCGAGGAGAAAAAUCCCUGAGACAGGGUUUUCACAGAUACAGAAACCUUGAGAUUUCCUAAGUCUUCAAAUCCUGAAUGAUUUCAAAAUUGGUUUUGUAUUUAAGAUCAAAAUUAGGACAAGAAACAAAAUGCUUCUUGAGAUGUCUUUGUAGUUUAUGGAUGAUCAAGCUUUGGGGCUCUGCAGCAGCACUCAGUUUCUCCUGAAGAAGAUGCUUAAAUUUAAAAUCUUUGGAAUGUGUAAAUAGUAGUGUUGGUCCUGUGUGUUUCAAGGAAGAGGACAGCUGCACUUUUUUUUUUCUUUUUUCUUUUUUCCUUUUUUUUUUUUUUUUUUUUUUGCACAUUGGAUUAAAGUACCUUUCAUUGGCAUCAAACAUCAGACUGUCUUAACUGAUAUUAAAGAUCAUCAGACCAAAUGUUUAUGUUUUCCAAGUAUGUUUUAUCACUGGCUAUGGUUUUCGAUAGAGGCUGACUGCCUUUUCAUAGCCAUAAAUCAGAAUUAUGAACUUUGUUUAAGAUCCAGCAUACUAAAUGUGAUUUUAACUAUUUCCUUAGGAAUAUAUUGAAACGCCAACAGAGUUUGAAUUAUGUUCUGUAAGAAAGUACUAGAUGAUUGUUUUAGGAUAUGUACAGUUGUAGAAAGUGCCAACUUUUAAAGUUCAUGUUUGGUUCUUAAGAUUUUCUUUUAAAAAAAUACAUUAAAAAUUUCAUUACAUGGCUUGCUGUAUUAUCACCUGCUACUACUAUUGUGAGAAAAAUUUUAUUUUCAAAAUUGGUGUAUGUGUUAUGCCCAAGAUUGUCAGAUGGGGAUGCUACCUUUUAAAUUUUCUUAUUUAUUGGUAAAAUGUUUUGGUUUAAAAUUAAUUAUUUUUCCUGAAAGCUCUUUGUUCUGUACUGAAGGCAGCCCUGUCAGUGGGUUUCUGUGCUGGUAGGAGGGGGCCGACUGCUGUUCCCAGGCUGUGUUGACCAAAGCAAAUGUGAAAUCAGCUGACGUCCUGUUGAUAGCUACUUCAACAAACCAUAUUUUGGGCCUUUGUUUUUGUAUAUAAAGAAAAUAAUAUACUUGU